AUGGCUGAAGAGGAUGCUGAGAAGGCCUUUUUCCAGGCCCAGGCAAUGAAUGCGGACUCCGUGGACUAUAAAGCUGUUGAAGAUCAGGGCGCUAGUUCAGAUUCAGAUGAUUAUGAUCCUUCGAAAACACUUCAAGAUCAAUAUUCUGCUUCCUCUAUUCCCCCUGAAACGGAUCUCAGCCAGCCCGCGGACAAUGCCUACCCUUCCCAGACACCAUCCCGAGCUGACUCCCAGGCAUCAGCGUCGGCACCUGCGUCGGGUACCCCUGUGCCAUUGAAGACGAGGACAAUUGGGGGCUUUGUGGUUGAGGACGAAGAUGAGGAUGACGCGGGUGAUGCGGAUUAUGAACCGCCAGCUGUACUAGGUGUCGAGGACAUGAAUACUAUAUCUAUGAAUGUGCCUCAGCAACCCAUUUCAGGAAAUGCAAAUGAAGAUACUCCUACCCCUGAUGUAUCAAUGGACGGUGCUGUGCAGGCACCUGCCAACGCAAAGAAUUUUCCCAAUAGCUCUUAUACCCCUGUUUCUGCUGCUGCUUCUAAAAGCGAUACACCUGCGCUUUUGAGCCAGGAUAUGUACAACUCACGUACUUUACAGUCUGAAAAUAUGCAACAUAGCGCUGCAGCUACACCCGCUCCUGAUUCUCCGUCGACCGCCAAGGGUCGGUUGCCUCAUGAUCGCGUUGGUAUCUUGGAGGACAGAAUACAAGAAGACCCACGUGGUGAUAUCCCGGCAUGGCUCGAGUUGAUCAAUGAACACAGAAGCCGCAAUAGAAUCGACAGUGCGCGUGAGGUAUACGAGCGUUUCCUGACGGCGUUCCCCUUUUCUGCCGAACAGUGGGUGGCAUAUGCAACCAUGGAGUCUGAACUCAACGAGUUAUAUCGCCUCGAACAGAUAUUUAAUAGGACUCUCUUGACUAUUCCCGACGUCCAGCUUUGGACUGUAUAUCUCGACUACGUUCGCCGUCGUAACCCUUUGACAACUGAUACUACUGGUCAAUCAAGGAGGAUUAUUUCGUCCGCCUAUGAUUUAGCACUGCAAUUAUGUCCAGUUCAUACGCUCUGGUCCGGGGAAUGUCGGCGGUUCUGGGUGGCAGGACCAGCAAAAAUGGAUUUGCUUCGCAAAGCUUAUCAGAAAGCUAUCUGCGUUCCCACUCAAGCUGUCAAUAAUCUUUGGAAAGAAUACGACCAGUUUGAAAUGGGUCUAAACAAACUCACGGGACGGAAGUUUCUUCAGGAGCAGUCACCCUCGUACAUGACCGCUCGCAGCUCUUACACAGAACUGCAAAAUAUCACAAGGGACCUGAACCGGACAACUUUACCCAGGCUACCCCCUGUUCUAGGCUCUGAUGGCGACAUUGAAUUCGGACAACAGGUUGAUAUCUGGAAGCGCUGGAUCAAAUGGGAGAAAGGAGACCCACUUGUUCUAAAAGAGGAAGAUCAGGCUGCUUUCAAAGCUCGUGUAAUUUAUGUGUAUAAGCAAGCUCUCAUGGCUCUUAGGUUCUUACCAGAGAUAUGGUUUGAAGCUGCUGAAUUCUGCUUCCUAAACGACAUGGAGAACGAGGGGAAUGAAUUCUUAAAGAACGGCAUAGAAGCUAACCCGGAGAGUUGUCUUCUUGCGUUCAAGCGUGCCGACCGACUGGAAAUCACUUCGGAGUCCGAACAAGAUCCCAUAAAGCGAGGUGCCAAGGUUAGAGAACCUUAUGACAAGCUGCUUAAUGCGCUUUACGACUUAAUCGCCAAAGCACGCACGCGAGAAUCUCAAGAUGUUGCACGACUCGAGGAAACUUUCGCGAAAAUGAACCCGGAUACUCAGCCGUCCAAGACAGACGAUGACGAUGACGAUCAAGGUGACUCGAAGGCAAGAGAGUCGAUGAAGAACGCCCAGAUCGAAGCCCUGCGCAAUGCGCAUGCAAUCCAAAUCGGCAUCCUUUCUAAAACGGUCUCGUUCGCAUGGAUUGCUCUAAUGCGCGCAAUGCGCCGCAUACAAGGCAAGGGUAAACCUGGCGAAAUGCCUGGCUCAAGACAAGUGUUUGCGGACGCCCGCAAACGAGGACGUAUCACUAGUGAUGUCUACAUUGCAAGUGCACUCAUCGAAUAUCAUUGCUAUAAAGACCCUGCUGCAACAAAGAUCUUUGAACGGGGUGCUAAGCUAUUCCCCGAGGAUGAGAAUUUCGCACUCGAAUACUUGAAGCACUUGAUUGAUAUUAAUGAUGUCAUCAACGCUCGUGCAGUCUUCGAGAUGACGGUAAGAAAGCUGGCAUCUAACCCAGAAAAUGUGCUCAAGACCAAGCCCAUCUUUGCCUUCCUUCACGAAUAUGAGUCUCGAUAUGGAGAUUUAGUACAAGUCAUAAAUCUGGAGAAUCGCAUGCGUGAACUGUUCCCUGAAGACCCGACGUUAGAACAGUUCGCCCAUCGAUACUCUAGCCCUGCUUUCGACCCUACCGCGGUGCGGCCGAUCAUCUCUCCCUCCCAAACAAGGCCCAAGACAGCAUUCCCUACGGAACAACCCGUGUCUCGUCAUGGCACUCCAUCUUCGAGGUAUCCGGAUGCGUCAGUGACCAACUCACCGAAAAGACCAUUAGAAGACUUUGAUGACGAUACGAAUCGACCACGCAAGUUUAUUCGAGCCGACUCCCCCCUGAAAACAACCCAGAGGCGACAGUUGGAUCCGCCAAAACGUGCUCAACAAGUCAUCAGCAGCCAGAGUGGAUCUCAAUUCCGGUCACAAGGUUCACCUGCUCCAUUACCCCGUGACAUUGUUUAUCUCUUGAGCAUCAUUCCCUCGGCGUCAUCCUACAACGCUGGUCGGUUCUCACCGGAAAAGUUGGUUGAGCUUAUCCGAAGAAUUGAUAUGCCCACCUCCAUCUCACAGAUUCCACUUCCAUCAUCUGUGCGCGGGCUUGGGUUUCCUGGUGUCUAUCGCCCACAGUAAUAUACCAACGCAUAGAGGCAUGACUCCUAC